UAUUGCUUUCAUUUUAUAUUCGUUAAACAAUCAUGGCGCCUGAACAACAACGUUCACCGCGUAUUCUCGCUUGUGUGCUCUGUCACCAACGCAAGAAGAAGUGCGAUCGCAAAAGGCCAUGUUCAUUUUGCACCAAGGCCGGAAUAGAAUGCAUCCCAAGUACGCCAGCUCCCAAGCGCAGUCAUCGCAAACCCGUGAAGGAAAUACUGGCACGGCUGGAGCGUUGUGAGGAGCUUUUGAAGAAAUGUACUUGCGUGCAAAAGCCUUGGAAGAGUUAGGAAAUCUACACAGACCAAAUUCUAAUGAUCAGCUAACUUGUGUUUGUGUUUUGUCACAAAAGGCAACAGUUGCACAGCAUAGAAUGUCUGACGACAGCUGCUCACUUCUCAAUGUUGGCAAAUAUCAAUCUUGUUAAAGAUGGUUUUUUUUGGUUUGACAACAGAUGGCCGCGCGAGCUCUUGCUUUUCGUCAUUACAGGUCACUCCAGAUGUGGAAAUGCGAGGUUCUCGUCGAUGCAAAUCGCUUCCUACUGCAAAAACUUUCAUUUCUUGGCUCGGGACUUCGGGUUACUUAUCGACCCCUAGCGCAUGUUACUGCGUAUCACUUAGAAAUAA